AUGGAGUGUGCUGGUCGCGCACUUGCGUUUUGGGCAUACCAAAGCACACAGGAGAUCUUCUACCAGGAAUACCGAGCGAAGACGCUGACGGAGAAGUACGCCAACCUGAACACGCAGAUGGACAAGGUCAUCCACAAUGCCAAUACAGAGAUCAUGUCACUGCAGAAUAAGUUAUCUGACAUGCAAUCAUCUCAAGAAGACCUCCAAAAGAAAAAUCAGGAAUUGAAUGAUAUGUACCGCGACAAGAACAAUAAACUCGCUCAAAUGACCAAUCUCUACAACCUCCUCAAAGCUCGUGCCAUGCGGUCCCGGAUGCAAACCGCAGCCUCGGACACAGUCUCCCAAGCUCUCUCAUCGCUCAAUGCUCCUGUUCCUGCUUCUGCUCUUGAACGUGCCUCUGCUCUUGAACGUGCCUCUGCCUCUAUUCCUCUGUCCAAUGCCUCAACGUUGCCUUCUGCCCCGAUUACACGACAUCCCAAGACUCCCACAUUUCCCGUCAACCCAGAUGGAGUCGAGCAGCUUUAUCGGAAUCAACGGAGCGGCACUGGUAGUUCCAAAAGGGCAAGGACGAGGACACCUCGCGGAGCCCCAAUGCCUCCCCCUGCUCAGCCAGACUGGGAUGGGCGAAAUAGCAAAGGUCGAGAUCCCGCUCCCCAACAUCGGACUCGACUUCCACGAAUUUCUCGGACUUCGACUAUCUCCUCAGAGUUGCCUCCUGGUGAUGCUAUCACGCAGCGGUUUGGGCGUUGA